AUGCUUCCGCAGGAGAUCAGGAAGCAGAAGCCCCGCUGUGUGUCAGAACCGAUUUUUUGCGGGCAAGAUGUUCCUCCCGUGCCGAUUCGGCCCUUGAAGAACCGGGAGUUCCCUCUGAGCGCGAGGCGGCGCCGCCACGGUUCCGCACCUGAACGGAAGGUGAACUGCGUCCUGGUUGGAGACGGAGCUGUGGGCAAGACCAGCCUCAUCGUCAGCUACACCACCAACGGAUACCCCACCGAAUAUGUUCCCACAGCGUUUGACAACUUUACCGUCAUGGUGGUGGUUGAUGGAAAGCCAGUGAGACUGCAGAUCUGGGACACAGCUGGACACGACGAGCUGGAUCUCCUUCGUCCUCUCUGCUACAAAAACGCCGAUGUCUUCCUCCUCGUCUACAGCGUGGUUCGGCCCUCCUCCCUCCGCAGCCUGGUGGACCGCUGGCUCCCUGAGAUCCGGCACCAGUGCCCGGACACUCCUCUGGUCCUCGUCGGCACCCAGCUGGACCUGAGGGAGGAUGUCCAGGUUCUGAUCCAGCUGGCCCAGAACCAGCAGCGUCCCGUGGGCACGGAGGAGGGCCGGCAGCUGGCAGAGGAGCUGGGUAUGGUGGGAUUCAUGGAGGUCUCUGCGCUGACCCAGAAGAACCUGAAGGACCCGUUUGAUUCGGCCAUCUUGGCCAGCAUCCAGCAGACGGAGAUGGAGAGUUGCAGCGAGGAGAGGAAGAUGAAGAUGAAGAUCCCCCUGAGGACGAAGACGCCGGAUAAGAUGAAGAGUGUCUGGGAGACCUGGUGGAGGAAGAUCAACUGUGUGAUGGUGGAGCAGAGCUGUGAGGUCAAGUGA